UGGAAGGAAUUCAUGCAGCCAAAAUCUGGGGCCAAUGGAACAGCUGUUACUGAGUUCAUUCUGCUGGGCUUGGUGGAGACUCCAGAGCUGUGGCCAGUUGUCUUUGUUCUCUUCCUCUUUGCCUACCUAAUUACAGUUGGGGGCAACCUCAGCAUCCUGGCUGCCGUCCUGGUGGAUCCCAAACUCCACACCCCCAUGUACUUCUUCCUGGGGAACCUGUCAGUGCUGGAUGUCGGGUGCAUCAGCGUCACUGUUCCCUCAAUGUUGGCUCGCCUCCUGUCCCACAAGCGCACAGUCCCCUACGGAGCCUGCCUCUCCCAGCUCUUCUUCUUCCAUCUGCUGGUUGGUGUGGACUGCUUCCUGUUGACAGCCAUGGCAUAUGACCGGUUCCUGGCCAUCUGUCGGCCCCUCACCUACAGCACCCGCAUGAGCCAGACAGUCCAGAGGACGUUGGUGGCUGUGUCCUGGGCUUGUGCCUUCACCAAUGCACUGACCCACACCGUGGCCAUAUCCACCCUCAACUUCUGUGGUCCCAAUGUGAUCAACCACUUCUACUGUGACCUCCCACAGCUCUUCCAGCUCUCUUGCUCCAGCACCCGAUUCAAUGAGUUGCUGCUCUUUGCUGUGGGUUUCAUAAUGGCAGGUUCCCCUAUGGCUCUCAUUGUCACCUCCUAUGUCCAUGUGGCAGCUGCAGUCCUGCGAAUCCGCUCUGCUGAGGGCAGGAAGAAGGCCUUCUCUACGUGUGGCUCCCACCUCACUGUAGUGGCCAUAUUCUAUGGCUCAGGCAUCUUUAACUACAUGAGACUAGGUUCAACCAAGCUUUCAGAUAAGGAUAAAGCUGUUGGGAUUUUUAACACUGUCGUCAACCCCAUGCUGAACCCGCUCAUCUACAGCCUCAGGAACCCCGACGUGCAGGCUGCCCUCUGGAAGGUGCUCAUGGGGAGGCGCUCAAUGACUUGA